AUUAGAUCAUGAGCGUAAUUAUGAAAUAGAAGAUUUGAAGCAAAAACUCCAUGGUUAUAAAUGCUUAAUGGAACAACUCAAACAAGAUUUAAAUGAGAAAUGUGAAAGUUGUUAUUUAUAUUCUCAAGAAAUUGAAAAGCUUCAAUUAUGUAUUAAAGAAACAAUAACAUUACGAUUAGAAAAAGAGUCACUUUUAAAAAAAGUACAAGACAUGGAAGAAUUAGCAAAAAAUUAUAAUGAAUCUUUAGAACAAUUAAAAAAUGUAUUAAAAGAAAGAGACGAACUUAAGAAACAAAAUUAUGAGCAGCAUUGUCUAUUAACAGAUCAAGAAGAAAAAUUAAAUCAAUUGUUAAAAGUGAUUAAAGAACUAUCUAUUAAAUAUAAUGAACAAAUGGAAACAAACAAUACAUUGGAGAUUUUAAAAACUGAAAUUCAAAAUAAGGAUAUUAAGAUUUCUCAAUAUCAAGAGCAAUUAGUUUCUAUGAAGCAAGAUAUUAGUGAUUUUUUCAAUAAUAUAAAAUACAUUUUAAACAAUUUAGAAGAGCUUAAUGAUGUUUGUGAAGAAGUUUGUAGUUGUACAAAAUGUAACUUGGAUAUUGGUGAAGAAGCAAAUAAUAUAUUAUACAAUAUAAACAUUAUUAUGACAAGAUUUCAAAGUUACAAAAUAGAAAGAGAGAAUUAUUUACAACAAAUAGGAGAUUUAGAACACUAUAUAAAAAAUAAUAAACAGCAAAAUUAUUCUAAUCAAAAUUUAAAAAAUAUAAUUUGUGAAGAAUUUUUUGAUGAAUCUAAAGAGGAUUCAAAAAAUAUAAGUAAUAUUUUUUAAAAUAUAUAUAUAUAAAUUAUAUAUUGUGUUGAAAAUCAGUAUUAUCAAACUCAUAUAUUUUAGUUAAGGACAACAUAGUUUUAUUUGAUGUAAGGCAAAAUGAAAAUAAUUCAAGUGAAUUAGAAUUAGACACUAUUUCACCUAAUAAUUCAUUUAAUAAUACAAAUUUAUUAAAUGAAACAAUAAAUAAUUUCGAUUUUCAUG